AUGAGCCCCUGCCCCAAAGGAUGGCUCGGUGGUGGAACCCUCCUGGGAGUUGGCAUCUGGGUCACAGUAGAUGGAAAGUCAUUCCUGGAUAUAUUUGGGGCGCUCUCCUCUAGCGUCCUGCAGGUUGUGAAUGUGAGCUACUUCCUCAUCGUCAUUGGUUCCAUCCUGCUGGCGAUCGGCUUUCUCGGGUGCUGUGGCGCCCAGAAGGAGAGCAAGUGUCUCCUGAUGAUGUUCUUCUCGGUGGUGCUGAUCAUCUUCAUUGCCGAAAUUGCUGCUGCUGUGGUGGCUCUGGUCUACACAGGACUUGCAGAGACGCUGCUGACGGCCGUGGUGACCCCUCUCCUGAAGGAGAAGUAUGGAAAGGAUAAGAGUCUCACACACAUCUGGAAUGUCACCAUGACGGAGGUCCGUUGCUGUGGCCUGAAUAACUACACAGACUUCACCGAUUCCUACUGGCUUGAGGAGCAUCGAACCUACCCAGCCCCGUGCUGUAAGAACAUGGAGCCCUGCAACGUCACGAUCGCCACAGAAAGUGAUGUCCCGGGUUGUUUUGAUCAGAUCUUGGAUGAAAUCAAGACUAACGCAGGAGUGGUGGGUGGCGUGGCAGCUGGCAUCGCUGCCUUGGAGAUCGCGGCCAUGACGGUUUCCAUGUACCUGUACUGCCAGCUGGAUCAGAAAUGACCCCACGAUGCAGGAGGAUGAUCUGCCCCCCCACCAUGCAGGGGUGCGCCGGUGGCGUGCCAUGCUCCUGGGGGGACUCCAUCGCUCCCUCAGCCUGAUGCUGUCCUGUGCACUGUGAUUUAUAGCUAUGUUUCGAUCUACUGAUCUGGGAUCUGUAGAGUUUAUGUGUAUAUUUUUGUACUGAUAUGGCACACUGAGUCUGUACAUAGAGAUUUAGGGGGUGUUUGGAAGGGGGGUGUGUAGGGGGAAAGCUGCUUCAUCUGUUUAGCCAAUGCCAGCAGGAGAUAAAGCAGCACAGGGGCUGGUCAGGGCUGCUGAUCUGGCAGUGGCACAGCGAUGUCUUGAUUAAACCCUUGCAGCCAUGUACUGUACCUCUCCCACGCUGUCCCCACUGUGUCCCCAGGUGGGGGCUGGCCAGUGCCCCCCUGCUUUCCUCUGCUGAACUGGGGCAGGUGCUCAGCCAAGGUGGUGUAGGUGGUAACUACACCCUCACAUGGGGAUGUAUCUACCUCUACAUCUAUUUUCUGAGAGCCUUAACCCUAUCACCGUGUUGGCCCCUAGGAGAGGUGCUGGCUGGUCCCCGCCCUGCCCUGGCAUGAAGCACAGCCUUGUUGGUUCCUGGUCCUGCGGUGGCCAAGGCUACCCCUUACCCCUUGUCAUUUCAUGGCUGAGCCCCUCUCCAUGCUGUAAAGAAAAAACAAAUAUAUUUUUAAU